AUGGGUUGUCAACUCACUCCGGCAGCUGUCACCCGGCGGAGCAGAAAAACGGCGACUUUGCGGCUCUCCGACGACUGUCACCUGAUGGAGAAGAGCUGGAUGGAGGUGGGGCGCGUGUUAGGGAGCUUCAUCCUCAGGUCCGCGCAGCAAGAGGAGGCUCUUCAUCGCAUCCGGUAUGCUCUCAGGAGGUGGCGACUCAUCUCCUGGCGGAUCGUCCUCUUCCUGACGAUGGCUUGUUCGUCAAUCAAUCGGAGAUGAUUUACUCAAUGGAUUCGUGAUCCUUUUAUUGCGAAUCCUUCAGUAAUUUUAGUAACAAUGCUCCAUGAAUCACAUUGACGAGAUUUUUGCCGAUGAUCCAGCGAUUUUGGUUGCUUAAUCCUUCACCGGCGAUCUGCAAGAAAGUCCGAUAAAAAAAUAUGAGUUUUGGCUCUGAGAGGAUUUGAACCCACGCCGGUUGCCCCACCUCUUCUGAGGAAGGUGACGGGUUUAGUCCCACAUCGGUUGUGCGCCGAAUUUUUGAACGAAUAUAUACUAAUGUUACAUGAUAAGUCUUCAUUAUCAUGAGUUAAUAAUUAGUAAAUAAUAUAGUUUUAGCCUUAACUCGUGAUAAAUAGACUUAUAUUUGUGUUAAAGUGUGAAAAGUGGUUUUUAGUUGAUUAAUGUGAUUUUUUGGGUAAUUAUGUGAUUUUAUACAAAUUUAUAUGAUUUUUACAGUCUUACUUUUGAGAUAAAUGAAGAAAAAGAAAUAAAACUAAAAUAUUGCAAAAUGGGGGGGACUCGCCGGCCAGCUGGGCCCGCAAGCGGGUCGGAAGCUCAGUCGGGGAGUAGCCGCGAGCAGGGGCUCGAGUGGCUUGGACCGAUAGGGACACAUGUGCACCACUCCCCUUCCACGUCACUGGUGGCCAGCCGGCUGUGGGGCAAGGAGUGGUCGUACACGCGAGAGAAGGAACUUUGCUUAAAAAGCUAACAUUACUAUAUAUUCGCCCGAAAAAUUGGCGCACAACCGAUGUGGGACUAAACAUGAGAGAAGGGGCGGACAACCGGCGCAGGUUCGAAUCCUCCCAGAGUCAAAAUUCAUAUAUUUUUAUCUGAUUAUCGCGACUUUCCUACAGAUCGCCGGUGAAGGAUUAAGCAAUGAGAAUCGCUGGAUCAUCGGCAAAAAUUUCGUCAACGCGAUUCGCAGAGCAUUACUACUAAAAUUGUUGAAUGAUUCGCAAUAAAAGGAUCGCGAAUCCAUCGAGUAAAUGAUCUCCGAUUGAUCGAUGAACAAGCCGUCAUUGGGAAGAGGACGAUCCGCCGGGAGACAAGUCGCCACCUCCUGAGAGUGUACCAGAUGCGAUGAAGAGCCUCCUCUUGUUGCGCGGACCUGAGGAUGAAGCUCCCUGACACGCGCCCCACCUCCAUCCAGCUCCUCUCCGUCGGGUGACAACCGCCGGAGAGCUGCAAAGUCACCGUUUUUCCGCUCCGCCGGGUGACAGCCGCCAGAGACGACUCGGUGACCCAUUUCAUUAAUUUCUAGACUUCGCGAGAAGAUCUAGAGAUCGCCCACGUUGUCUUUGUCCAAGGAGAGCCUUCGAGGCCGUGGACACUGCACGACAAUCCUCCUGAACGCUCAGGAUUCCAGUGCAUCGCCGACGCAUCGCCGUCGUGACACUAGAACUCUAUUUUCCUGCUUUCAAACUUACUUUACGCUUCAUUUAGUGAUAGUUUUUGUGAUUUUAAUUUACCAAAAUAUACUUUGUUCUAUUACGAUUCUUCCGGCUUUUACAGAUCUUAAUUUGAUUAAUUAAAUCGUCUAUAAUCGCUUACGUAAGAAUCACCGGGUAGAACUCUGUUUCCGCCCAAUUUGCGUUCGCCAGGCGCUGACAUCAUCCUGACAUCCGCACCCUUAUUUUCUUUUUUUUGUGAAUUUAAAAUAUAUUUUCUUUUCAUUUCUUAAUAUAAAAUUCAUAGAAAAUAGUAUUCUUUGAGGAAAAUUCUGAAUAAUUACCAGAUAUUAUAUUACAUCCCUGUGAUUGACUUGGAAAAUUAUUGCUAUUUUUGGAAGUUUUAUUGAAUUAUAAUUGAUAUAUUUGUUCAGAAAUACUUCUAAAUAUCUGAAAAUUCAUAUUUUCUAGUUUUAUAAAUUUUAUAUUUACGUGAUUUAAUAUACAACGACUGAGUCACGUCAUUACAUUUCUAAGCAAAGUCUCUUUCUUGCGCAUGUACGACUACUCCUUGGCCCACAGCCGGCUGGCCACUGGUGACGUGGAAGGAGAGUGGCAUAUACAUGCCACCAUCGGUUCAAGCCACUUGAGCCCUUACUCGCGGCUCAUGCCCGAUUGGCUGGCGGGUCCCCCCGAUUUUACUACAUUUUUAUUUUAAUUUCUUUUCCUUCAUUUAUCUUAAAAGGAAGACUGUAAAAAUUGUAUAAAAUCACAUAAUUACCCAAAACUUCACGUUAAUCAACUGAAAACCACUUUUCACACUUUAACACAAAUAUAAGUCUAUUUAUCAUGAGUUAAAGCUAAAACUAUAUUAUUUACUAAUUAUUAACUCAUGAUAAUAAAGACUUAUCAAUAACGAAGUUAGUGAAAUCAAAUGAAGAAGGUGAAUCUUCAAGGGAUUGCUCGUUCCUAUGGUGUCACACAAUUUCUAGCUUGACGUGACUUAGUCGUUGUAUAGUAAAUCAUGCAAAUUUAAAAUUUCUAAAACUAGAAAAUACAAAUUUUUAGAUAUUUAGAAGUAUUUCUAAACAAAUAUAUUAAUUACAAUUCAAUACAACUUCCAAAAAUAGUGGUAAUUAUUCAGAAUUUUCCUUAAAGAAUACUAUUUUCUAUAAAUUUUACAUUAGGAAAUGAAAAUGAAAUAUAUUUAAAAUUCACAAAAAAGGAAAAUAAGGAGACGUUAGGAUGACGUUAGCGCUCGACGAAUGCGAAUCAGGCGGAAAUAGAGUUUCACCUGGCAAUUCUUACUUAAGUGAUUACAAAUAGUUUAAUUGAUCAAAUUAAGAUCUAUAAAAGCCAAAAGAAUCAUAAUUGAAUGAAGUAUAUCUUGGUAAAUUUAAAUCACACAAAUUAUUAUUAAAUGAAGUAGAAAUUAAGUUGAAAGCAAGAAUACAAAGUUCCAGCAUCGUGGCGGCAAUGCGUCGGUGAUGCACCAAAAUCUUGAGCGUUCGGGAGGAUCAUCGUGUAGUGUCCAUGGCCUCAAAAGCUCUCCUUGGACAAGGACGAUGUGGGCAAUCUCUAGAUCUCCUUGCGAAGUCUAGAGAUCAAUGAAAUGGGUCGUCAAAUCAUCUCUAGUGGCUAUCACCCGACGGAGUAGAAAAAUGGCAACUUUACGGCUCUCUAGCAGCUGUCACUCGAUGGAGAGGAGCUAGAUGGAGGUGGGACACAUGUUAGGGAGCUUCAUCCUCAGGUCCGCACAGCAAGAGGAAGCUCUUCAUUGCAUCUGGUACACUCUCAGGAGGUGGCGACUCAUCUCCUGGCGGAUCGUCCUCUUCUUGACAAUGGCUUGUUCAUCGAUCAAUUGGAGAUGUUUUACUCGAUGGAUUCGCGAUCCUUUUAUCACGAAUCGUUCAGCAACUUUAGUAAUAAUGCUCUGCGAAUUGCGUUGACGAGAUUUUCAUCGAUGAUCCAUCGAUUCUAGCGGCUUAAUCCUUCACCAGCAAUCUGUAGAAAUGUCAUGAUAAUCAGAUAAAAAAUAUGAGUUUUGGCUCUCGGAGGAUUCGAACUCGCGCUAGUUGCCCACGUACAUGAGAGAGAUUGACAUAAGUACUCUAAUGCCUUUAUCAAAUGACAUCAUCAUGGUAUAUUGCUAUUAUAAAUAAGGGGUAUUGCAGAUAUUAAAAUCAUCGAAGCCUUUCUAGGGGAAGGUGUGACGCGGGUUUAGUCCCACAUUACUUGUGCGCCAAAGUUUCGGGGGAAUAUAUAGUAAUAUUAUAUUUGCAAGCAAGUUACUUUCUCUUGCGUGUACAACCAUUCCUUGCCUCACAACCGGCUAGCCACUAGUGACGUGGAAGGGGAGUGGCGUACACGUGCCCCCAUCAAUCUUAGCCGCUCAAGCCUCUACUCGCGGCUCCUCUCUAACUGCGCUUCCGACCCACUUGCAGGCUCAACUGGUUAGCAGGUCCCCCUCAUUUUGCUAUAUUUUUAUUUUUAUUUCUUUUUCUUCAUUUAUCUCAAAAGUAAGAUUGUAAAAAUCAUAUAAAUUCGUAGAAAAUCACAUAAUUACCUAAAAAUUCACGUUAAUCAAUUGAAAACCACUUUUCACACUUUAACACAAAUAUAACUCUAUUUAUUAUGAGUUAAGGCUAAAAUUAUAUUAUUUACUAAUUAUUAACUCAUGAUAAUGAAAACUUAUCACUUGUGCGCCAAAGUUUUGAGCAAAUAUAUAAUAAUAUCACAUUUGCAAGUAAUGAGUCCCUUUCUCUCCUUUGUAUGACCACUCUUUGCCUCACAACUAGCUAGCCACCGAUGACGUGAAAGUAGAGUGGUGCAUGCAUGCCCCCAUCGGUUCUAGCCACUCGAGCCCUUAUUCACGGCUCCCCUUGACUGUGCUUUCGACCUGCUUGUAGGCCCGGCUGACUGGCAGGUCUCCUCCUUUUGCUAUAUUUUUAUUCUAAUUUCUUUUUCUUCAUUUAUCUCAAAAAAAAGACUAGAAAAAUCAUAUAAAUUCAUAGAAAAUCAUAUAAUUAGCCAAAAAAAUCACGUUAAUCAAUUCAAAAUCACUUUUCAUAAUUUAACACAAAUAUAAGUCUAUUUAUCAUGAGUAAAGGCUAAAACUAUAUUAUUUACUAAUUAUUAACUCAUGAUAAUGAAGACUUAUUAGCCUCCAUUACUAAUAAUAGCUCUAGGACAUCCAUAUCUAGUAAAAAUAAAUUUUUUAAUAAAUUUCACAGCUACUUUACUAUCACAUGUACUAGUAGCUAUAGACUAUACCCAUCUAGAAACAUAGUCCAUUCUUAUAAGAAUAUAUUCAUUUCCAUCUGAAUUAGGAAAUGGACCCAUAAAAUAAAAUCCUAAUAAGUCAAAAAUUUCAACUUCAAUAAUGGGUUUAAGAGGCAUCUGAUCUUUGUUAUCAAUAUUGAAAGCUGCUUGACAAGGUAAACAUUUAAGAUAAAAGUCAUGAGCAUCUCUAAAUAAUGUAGGCCAAUAAAAUCCACUUUCUAAUUCCUUGUGAGCUGUGAUCUUUGAAGAAAAAUGUCCUCCACUUUGUUUUGAAUGGCAGUAUUCUAACACUUCUUUCUAUUCUUCUUCUAGCACACCUCAUGAGAAUAAGAUCAUCAGCACCUUGGUAAAAUAAAGUAGGUUCAUCCCAAAAAUAAAAUCGAACAUCCUUGAGUAAUUUCUUUCCCUUAUUGUAGCCCCACUCCUUUGGAAUUAUUCCCGCCACAAGAUAGUUAACAGAAUGUGCGAACUAAGGUAAUUUCUUCUCUUGAAUAUUCAAUAAAUCUUCAUGAGGAAAUGAAUCAUAAAUAGGUGAAGAAUCUGCUACAUUAAUCCUAGAAAGUUGACCACCAACUACAUUCUCAUAGCCCUUCUUGUCUUUGAUCUCUAUAUCAAACUACUGUAAAAGUAAAAUGCAUCUAAUUAGCCUCGGUUUAGCUUCUUUCUUAUUAAGUAAAUACUUCAAAGCAACAUGAUUAGAACAAAUCACUACUUUACUUCCAAGCAAAUAAGACCUACAUUUAUUUAAAGUAAAGACAAUAACUAGUAACUCCUUUUCAAUAGUAGAAUAAUUAAGUUGAACACCAAUCAAGGUUUUACUAGCAUAGUAAAUGGCUACGGGUUUCUAAUCAUUCUUUUGCCCCAAAACUGCUCCCACUACAAAAUCUAAAGCAUCACACAUUAUCUCAAAAGGUAAACUCUAUUCUAGAACUUGAAGAAUAGGUGCAUGUUGAUAAGUUUUCAAUAUCAUGAGUUAAUAAUUAGUAAAGAAUAUAGUUUUAGCCUUAACUUAUGAUAAAUAGACUUAUAUUUAUGUUAAAUUAUGAAAAGUAAUUUUUAAUUAAUUAAUGUGAUUUUUUUGUUACUUAUGUAAUUUUAUGUGAAUCUAUAUAAUUUUUAUAAUUAUAUUUUUGAGAUAAAUAAAGAAAAAGAAAUUAAAAUAAAAAGAUAGGAAAAUGGGGGGACCCUUCGGCCAACUAGGCCCAAGCGGGUUGGAAGUGCAAUCAUGGUAAAGCCGCAAGUAAGGGCUUGAGCAGCUAUGAACCGAUGGGGGCAUGUAUGCAUCACUCUUCCACUUCAUUGGUGGCCAGCUGAGUGUGGGGCAAAGAGUGAUUGUACAUAUGCGAGAAAGGGAUUCAUUGAUUUUCAAAUCUUGUGUUAUUAUAUAUUCGUCUCAAAAUUUGGCGAAUAACCGAUGUGGGACUAAACCCAGGUCACACCUUCCUGAAAUGUUUUAAUGAUUUCUAUACCUCAAAUACCCCUCAUUUAUUAAAAGGAAGUAACUUAAUGAUGUCACUUUAUAAGGAUAUUUGUGUCCUUAUUUCACUCUCUCUCAUGUAGGUAGGCAAUCAAUGCGAGUUCGAAUCUUACUAAAACCGGUGAAAAAUUAAGUCACGAGAAUCACUCGAUCAUUAGUGAAAAUCUCAUCAACAUGAAUCACAAAGCAUUAUUGCUAAAAUUACUGAACGAUUUGUGAUAAAAAGAUCGUGAAUCUAUCGAGUAAAUCAUCUUAGAUAAGCUAUCGUCAGGAAGAGGACGUCUAUCAAGUGACAAGUCACCACCUCUUGAGAGUGUACUAGAUGUGAUGAAAAGCCUCUUCUUGCUUGCUAUUUGGGAGCUCCAUUCAUCACCUCUAUCACUCGACAACCCAACCUUUGCAUUUAUUACAAUAAUGUGAUUCUAUGCGCGGACCUAAGGAUGAAGCUCCUUAACACGUGCCACACCUCUAUCCAACUCUUCUUCAUCGGGUCAUAGACGUCAAAGAGCUGCAAAGUCAUCAUUUUCCUGCUCCGUAGGGUGACAACCACUUGACACAAUUUGACGACCCAUUUCAUUGCUCUUUAGACUUCGCAAGAAGAUCGAGAGAUUGCCCACUAGAGUGACUUAGUCGUUGUAUAGUAAAUCACACAAAUUUAAAAUUUAUAAAAUUAGAAAAUACGAAUUUUUGAAUAUUUAGAAGUAUUUCAAGGAGCUGGAUGGAGAGGAGCUAGAUGGAGGUAGGGCGCAUGUCAAGGAGCUUCAUCCUCAGGUCCGCACAGCAAGAGGAGGCUCUUCAUCGCAUCUGGUACGCUCUCAGGAGGUGGCAACUCAUCUCCCAGUGGAUCGUCCUCUUCUUGACGACGGCUUGUUCGUCAAUUAAUUGGAGAUCCUUUACUCAAUGGAUUCGUGAUCCUUUUAUCACGAAUCGUUCAGCAAUUUUAGUAACAAUACUCCGUGAAUCGCAUUGACAAGAUUUUCGUCGAUGAUCUAGUGAUUCUGGUUGCUUUAUCCUUCACCGGCGAUCUGCAAGAAAGUCAGGAUAAUUAGAUAAAAAAUAUGAGUUGUGGCUCUAGGAGGAUCCGAACCCCCGCCGGUUGCCCACCCCUUUCUGGGGAAGGUGUGACGUGGGUUUAGUCCCACAUCAGUUGUGCGCCAAAUUUUCAGGCGAAUAUAUAGUAAUGUUACAUUUAGAAGCAAGUCCCUUUCUCGUGCGUGUACGACCACUCCUUAGCCCACAACCGGCUGGCCACCGGUGACAUGGAAGGGGGGUGGCACACACGUGCCCCUAUCAAUCCAAGCCGCUCGAGCCCCUGCUCGUGGCUACUCCCCGACUACGCUUCCGACCCCGCUUGUGGGCCCAGCGGGUCCCCCUAUUUUGUUUUAUUUUUAUUUUUAUUUCUUUUUCUUUAUUUAUCUCAAAAGUAAAAUUAUAAAAAUCAUAUAAAUUCGUAUAAAAUCAAAUAAUUACCCAAAAAUUCACGUUAAUCAUGAGUUAAGGCUAAAACUAUAUUAUUUACUAAUUAUUAACUCAUGAUAAUGAAGACUUAUCACCCACGUUGUCUUUUAUUUAAAGAGAGCCUUCGAGGUUGUGA